AACUCACUCUGUUUCCCUAAAAAUCCAAUCUUUUUUUUCGCCUUUCUCUUCUUCUUCCCAUGGCGACUCCCGUUCCCAGGCCUUCUUCCAAGCUCUCCAGGUCUGUUUCCGCAUCCCUUAACCCUCCCAAUUCCGCCUCCUCCUCGUCCAAAUCCCUACCUCCUUCCUAUUCUUCUUCGCUUUCUUCCCAUCUCGCCAUGGUGGAGCUCAAAUCGCGUGCCCUCGCCGCGCUAUCCAAGCUCUCCGACCGCGACACGCACCAGAUCGCCGUCGAAGAGCUCGAGAAGAUUAUCCGGACUCUCCCAGCUACCGGCGUCCCGAUGCUCCUCCACGCCCUCAUCCACGACCCCGCCGUGUCCUCGCCGGGCCCCCAGAACCUACCCGCGUCCAAGCAGUCUUCGUUCCUCGUCGCCCGGCGUGAGUCCCUCCGCCUCCUAGCGCUUCUAUGCGCCUGUCACACCGACGCGGCCUCGGCGCACCUACCCAGGAUCAUCGCUCACAUCGUCCGACGCCUCAGGGACCCUACUCCCGAUUCCUUUGUCCGAGAAGCCUGCCGCGACGCCGCCGGCUCGCUGGCUACUUUGUACCUCCGCCCAUCGAUUGCGGCUGCGGCUGCGGCUGCGGCAGAGGACGGCCCUGGCGGAGGAGGAUCGUCGCCGGUGGUGGGGUUGUUCGUGAAACCGUUCUUUGAGGCAAUGGCGGAGCAGAACAAGGUGGUGCAGGGAGGGGCUGCUAUGUGUCUCGCGAAAGUGGUAGAGUGUGGGGGGAUAGGGGAGGAUGGGAAGAUUGCAGCAGCAGGGUCGAUGUUCCAGAGACUAUGCCCUAGGAUAUUUAAGACGCUCGGUAGCCAGAGCUUUCUAGCGAAAGGAGCAUUGCUUUCAGUUGUCUCUAGCCUCGCUCAGGUAGGAGCUAUUAAUCCCCAGAGCAUACAACAAAUACUGCAAAUAAUUUGUGAAUGCCUUGAGAAUAGUGACUGGGCUACCCGUAAGGCAGCUGCUGAUACACUGUGUGUGUUAGCCUCUUGCUUAAGCCAUUUGCUUGGUGAUGGUGCUGCAGCAACCAUAGCCGCACUCGAGGCUUGCCGCUUUGACAAGGUAAAACCUUGCAGAGAUAGCAUAAUGGAGGCAUUGCAAUUAUGGAAGAAGAUUAAAGGAGAGGAUGGAAUUUCACCAAAGAAAAAAGAAUCUAGGAAAUUGGAAUUAGUUGAUAAUGAAGAAAAGAGAGAUCAAGAUGGGUUUGAUCGUGGUAAAGUUCAGGAGUCAUUAAAGAUUUCAUAUGCUGCUUCUUCAUCUAGUGAAAAUGAGUCUGUAUUAAAAGGAAACAGCAUUAACAUGCCAGAGAAAGCAGCUGCGCUUUUAAGGAAAAAGGCACCCACUUUGACAGACAAAGAGUUGAACCCAGAAUUCUUCCAGAAACUUGAGAACAGGAGUUUGGAUGACUUACCUGUAGAAGUAAUGGUACCUCAUAGGCGCUUGCAGUCCUCUCAUUCACAAAUUGAAGGGCAACAAGAAACUUGCAGACACUUGGUAGGAACGCCAAACAGUGAUGGAACAAUACCUGCACAAUUAGAUAAUUCUCAUGGAUAUAAAAAUUCAAAUGCAUGGGACAAGCGGCCGGAACAGAGACUAUUCUGGGCAAAAGAUUCAAAAGCAAAACUUGUUGAUGUCGAUGAUAGAAGUGAGGGAUCUAUGAAAGAUUUACCUCUAGGUCAGUCAGAGGUUACUAGAUUGGAUGCCCAUACUGAAGGUACAUUUAUAAGUAAUAAAGCUAGUUGGUCAGGGAUACAGAGACAGUUAGCUCAACUGGAGAGGCAACAGACCAGUAUCAUGAAUAUGUUGCAGGACUUUAUGGGAGGCUCCCAUGAUAAUAUGGUGAAUCUAGAAAAUAGAGUCAGAGGUCUUGAGAGAGUCGUGGAAGAAAUGGCUCAUGAUUUGGCUAUGUCAUCUGGAAGGAGAGGAGGAAGCAUGUUUCUACAGUUUGACAAUACUCCAGCUAGAUCUUCAUAUACAAGCUCAAAGUUUAGUAGGCUUGGCGAGAUGCGACUUCCAUUUUCUGAAAGGUAUUUCUCAUCUGGCAGUGUAGUUUCUGGUGUAAAGGGAAGAGAUUCUCCAAGGAGGUCUGAAUCUGAAGCAUGUGAUUCUUCUGGAUACACAAUAUCCAGAAAUGGUUUUUUCAACUCAAAGGGUUUUGGCACUGUUCCAGUGGAUGGUGGGGUACCCAGAGCUAAUCAUGACACUGAUCGAGUCAGUGGCAGGAGGGCUUGGAACAAGGGAUCAGGAUCAACCAGGCUUGGUGAAGGACCUUCAGCAAGAAGUGUUUGGCGAUCUUCAAAGGAUGAGGCUACCCUGGAAGCUAUUCGAGUAGCUGGGGAAGAUAAUGGUACUUCUAGAAAUUCUGCAUGCAUACCUAUUCCCCAAUUAGAUGCUGAAGCUUUAACAGAUGACAAUCGAGGGGCAGAUAGGGGUCCACUCUGGGCAUCUUGGACUCGUGCCAUGGAUUUACUUCAUAUUGGUGAUAUCGAUUCAGCUUAUGCAGGGAUUCUUUCAACUAGUGAUGACUUAUUGCUUGUAAAGCUGAUGGAUAAAUCAGGCCCAGUUUUUGACCAGCUUUCUGGUGAAAUAGUAAACCAAGUCUUGCACGCGGUUGGGCAGUUUGUUCUUGAACAAAGUUUGUUUGAUAUAGCAUUAAGCUGGCUUCAACAGUUGUCAGACCUUGUAGAAAAUGACGCUAACUUCCUUAGGAUUCCACUUGAAUUGAAGAGGGAGAUUUUGUUGAAUCUCCAUGAAGCUUGUACGCUAGAACUUCCAGAAAAUUGGGAGGGGGCACUUCCAGACCAACUAAUGAUGCAUUUAGGUUCAGCUUGGGGACUCAAUUUGCAACAGCUUAUCAAGUAAGCAUCUAACAAAGCUAACCAGGGAAAAGAACAUAUAACAGAUCUGUCAUUGAUAUGUAAUGGCUCUCCUUUUUUUCCUUCCUUUUAUAUGUUUGAUUGGGGCUUUUUGUAAGUAAUAUACGUAUUGUAAUUGAAUUCUACAAAGAAAAAUGAGCCUUUCUUUAUCGAAUAUAGUCAAAGAACAUCUCUUUCGGUAGUCUUUCAUUCUUAUUUUACUGUAUGCAAACUAUUUCAAUAGUGCUCGUAAAUUUGCUUUGGUAUAUUUUACAUUAUCACGCCUAGUAUCCUUUACUUUUUUUACUCUACUCUACAAUAUUGUUGGAAUGUAAAUCAGUUAGAAAUGAUUUUAUUUUUGUUGCAGAUAUGGUCGGAAAGCUAGAUUGUAUGAAAGACUUUCUUAAUAGUUGUUCAUUCCAUAUAAGGAUGGAUGGAUUUGGCCUUAAUCAACAUAGCUUAGAUUCCCAACCAAAAAUGAAGGUGAUAUCUGAUUCAAUACUUAGGAUACCAGACAAUUUAGACUCAAAUAGAUCUGUAUCCAUGGAUAGCCAAUCAAAUUGUUGCAAAGAAAAAAAUAAGAGAAAUUGUUUGGGUAUAAAAAAAUAGUGAGAAAAUAAGAUAAUACAAUUCAUUUCUUUUUUUUUUCCCUCUUCCCUUACCAAAUGAAGGCAGUAUAAAUUUAUUUGGGUAUUUGUUACUGAUACCUUUAGAUUCAACUUGAUCACCUAUCAGUCACAAAUAUUUAUCUAAGUUUAUCCGAAGUUUAUUUAACGGAUACUCAAAUCCAAUUAAACAGUAUUGGAUAUUCCUGAUACCUAUAAAACUCAUUUCAUUGUAACCCCUAGAACCACUUGGCUGCUGAAAUUGUUUCAUAGAUUGUGGCUUGCAGACUCUUAUACUGAAUAUUCAUUCCUAACUAUUCCAUGACCUUGCUUGAACUCAUAGAUUAGCCAAAUGAAUGCAUGGGUGUAGUCUUGGGGUCAAUUCUCAGCAGGUGCAAAAUGCCUUGUUGGGUGUCAGACCUCCCCAUGCAAGGGGCCGCUGCGCUAGGGCAAAAUGCUCCGGUGAUUUACCUGCCUAUUUCUUGCCGUAGGACCGAUGAUACUAGGUUGUUUGGGAUGAGCGAUAUCACCUUUCGUUCCAAUAGAUUAGCCAAAUGAAGACAGUAUUAGUAUUCUUGUUAAGGCAGUAACAAGUUAAUAAAAUGGAAACAAAACCCAGAAAUCAUCUUACUGAAAAUACUUCAUCAAACCAGCAAAAUCAGACUGUUUUCUGUCUGACAUCCUGUUCAAUUGGCAAAGUGGUUGAGUUCGUGUCAAUAGAAGGUCUUCUCAAAGGAGGAGAUUUUUUGUAUAUCAAAGUUUAGCUAUUGAGUUAAAUCUAUGGUUAAUUUCCACUAGCAUUUUCCUGAAUCAUCUCUCCAUCAAUCUCGACUCGGGGGACAUGCUUGAUACUUAACCAGUAGUCAGCACAAUUGUUUCUGAAACCCUCCUUCAGCAAUGGAUGGCAUGAGUCGAUUUCCAACACUUUCAGCAAAGAAGGCAGUCCCUUCUUCGGCAGCGACUGAAUCAAGGGACAAUUUAAGAUGAUUAACUUCUCAAGUGAGUGAAGGCCUCUUAACUCUGGGAGGUACUGCAGAUUGGCACAGCCACUGAAGCACAGGCUUUUAAGGGCAGUGAGAUUCUCGAACGCUUUUUCUUGUUCAAUCGUCAACAAAGUUAUCUCGAGGCAAUUUUGGAUGUCUAGAUUUUGAAGACGAGCUAAGUUUUUUCGUAUAAUUAGUCCUGUGAGCAAUGAUAGAUCACCAAUACAGAGAGUUCGCAGUGAUGACAAUGUUUCUUGCAGUAGUAGAACACUGAAUUCAGCAAUGAGCAAAGAGCAAUUGUAAAUGCACAGUGAUGAAACUACUGAUGGAGACUUUCCCAUCCUCAUAUCGUCAUAGUAAGGUAACCAGAAACCUUGAUUCAGAACAGUCAGCUCAGUAAGACUGGAAGGUAAGGGUGGUAAUGUCUUGAGCUUGUUACAAUCCUUGAUCACGACACUCUUUAGAUGUGGAAACAUUUGUCUUCCCUCCAAACACUCAAGUUGUGGCAUGUCAUCAAGUACCAACUCUUCCAACCAUUUAAGUGCCUUCUCAUCAGUUCCAACGAGCUCUGUGCCGAUCCGCUUUACCGAGUGCAGUCCUUGUAUCCAGAGCACUUUCAGUGAAGGCAACUGUGCUAGUGGGGGGAGACACCCCCAAUUUUCAUUGCCACUUAAAUAAAUGAUCUCAAGAUUGGUGAGCCAUUCAGUCUCUAGCCAGGUAGGAUACAUGUUUCCUCUGCAACCAAUGAUUUCCAGCCUUUUCAGGUUUUGAUGAGGUCGAAGGCCUUCAAGAACUUCAGCAUCCACCAUGUGAUUCCUCUGCGAAGGUAGCCAAUGUAACUGCAACCCACUAAGAUGACCUUUCAUGUGUAACAUGGCCUCACUUGCCUCAUUCUUGCUCUGAACAUUCUCUAGAUUCCUUAUAUGAAGUGAUUUUUGAAGCUCAUUCAAGUCCUUCAGUUCUUCUAUUUUGUAUCCAAUUUCAUAUCUGACUCUGAAAACUUCUAGUCUCUGAAGGCAUAUCAAUCUCCCAAUUUCUGCUAUAUCGGAAACUAAUUGAUGAGCAGCAGCAAGAUGCCUCAAAUUUACCAGCCUGUUCAUACAUGAAGGUAAACUAAGAAGGCUGCAUCCAAGCAAAUUCAGCACCUGUAGGUGGUAGAGCCUGCAGAGUGAUUCAGGAAGUUGUCGAAUAGAAGUUGCUGAAAGAUUCAGGUAGCGUAAAUGUAUACAGUGGCAUAUAGCUUCUGGCAAAUCAUCCAUCUUGCAAUUUGAUAAAUCCAGUACCCGAAUGCUUUUCAAGUUCUUAAGAACAUCUUCAAGAACAUUAUGAACAUUAGACUGGAUUUCACUGCAGCAGAUGAGUGUCCGCAGGUUAUGAAACUGGUACACAUCUGUGACGGCUGCAAAUUGUUCGGACUUGAUGAACAGGUGACGGAUUGAUGGUGGAAUAUUUGUGGGUUCAUUAUCUUCAACUCUGAUGCAUUCGUCCUUGCAAAUAGCACAUGCCAUCUCAUGCAAUAGAUCAGGUAUGACAUAGUGGGUGACAAAUUCCUUCUUCUCCACUUCGAAAAAUGAUCUGCAAACCAGUUCAUCCAUGUAGUCUUGUCCAAUUUCUUGCAUCCUCGCAUCCUUGCUUUUGGGUUGGAUGUACCCUUGUGCCAUCCAGAGGUGAAUCAAAUCAUCAGAAAACUUCCAGCAUUUAGGAAAUAUGCUGCAAUAUGCAAAGCACCGCUGCAGAUGAGCAGGUAAGUUAUCGUAACUUGGUUUCAUAAUGGGUAUGAUAUCGCUGUAUAAAUUCUUUCCUUCCAGCAUCAUCUUCCAUUCUUCAGCAUUUUGCUUAUUUUUCAGUAUUAUUGCUGCUGCCUUUGCUGCUAAAGGCGAUCCCUUCGCCCUUUGAGCUAUUUUCUGGCCAAUCUCCUCAAGUUUGAGUUCCUCCACAGGAUUUGCACCAGAAAAUGUGAUCUCCUUGAUCAAGGACCAGCAAUCUUGAUCACUCAGACCCUUCAAAUUUAUCGAGUUCCUUGCAGUUAACAUCUCUGAUACCACUCUAGAUCGUGUGGUCAUUAGGAUCUUGCUUCCAUUUUUGCCAGCUUUCAAUGGUGCUAAAAGUUUGGCCCAUCUUUCCAUCACUGAUAACUUACUACUAUUCUCUUGAUUCCACACAUCAUCUAACACUAACAGAUACCUCUUUCGCAUUAACUUCUCCUUGAUUGCUGAUUGUAGCCUGUCAAAGUUCUUUACACCGUCGAAUUCGUGUUUGUCAUCAGAUGCGCAUUCUAAGAUCUCUCUUGUGAAUUCCAUAUCGCUGAAGCUACUAGAAACAUGCACCCACAUCCUUAACUCAAAGUGCUCUACUAUUUUGGGAUUGCUAUAAACAAGUUGAGCAAGUGUGGUUUUGCCAAUCCCUCCCAUGCCAACUAUAGGAAGAAUUGAAACUUGCACGUCAUCGAGUCUCAACAACAGUUCAACUAAAUUCUUUGCAUUGUUCUGUCGACCAAACACUUUUGUACUGCUCACUGAGCUAGUUGUGCCUUUUUCAGUUCUUUGAGUCAGACCAUUGCAGUGCUCCAACUUAAAGAGUGUCAGUGUUUCGCUCACACCAGAACUUGCUUGAUUCAACCUUUCGGUUAUCGUUCGAAUUCUAGCUUUGGUAGCUCUAUCCCAUGUCAGUUCCGGAGUGUUCAAGGGCCUGGAAUUGCCAUGCUUAGUUUUCAUAGCAUUGUCACCUUCUGAGGAAUUAAACAAAUUUGAAGACAGAAAACCACCUGCUCGGUUUGCUGCAUCCCUUGCUGCCUCCAAAUUUGAAGCAAGAAAAGCACUCACCGGGCUGCUUGUCUCACCUUCCAGCUGCUGCCGAAGGCGCCUAUACUCAAGCUCAUCAAGGAGGUCUUCAGCAUCAUAAACAACGUUCCUAAGCUCCUUCAUCCACCUAACAAAGCCGUUGGAGCUGGUCUUCUCCGUGCAGCUGAGCAGUGAUUGGAUUCUCAACAUGGCGAUCCGGAGCUUUUCGAGGUCCUCACCUAUGCCGGAGUUGGUUGCCCAUGCCAGAAGCCUGGAGGAGAGGUACUUGUCGAAGAUCACUUGAAUGAACCAGCCUCCAAUGGUUAUGUAAGAUGGUACAUCCAUGUGGAUGGUGGAGAAUGAUUGCAGACAGCCAAAUAAUGGAAAUUGAAGAAGAGAAGAAGGAUGCGAAGAGGAAGUUGAACUCAAGUCUUAGUUUUUAGUUUCCCGUGUGUUAACUCUAGACUUGCAAGUGGAAGAGUAUGAUGAGAAGAAGCUGACUGCUAAGUCGUCUCACCUUCUAGAUGGUGGACGACUGACUCCAGUCAACGCAUCCUCUCACCCCAAACCUGCUUAAUUUCUCAUUUAUCGAUAGCUCAGUUGAUUGGUGUCUGGAAA